AUUAAACCUACACAAACACAAAGCGCAUACACAGAAGCGUAUACACAUACAAAACGCGGAGAAGAUGGCAAUACGUUUUAGUCUCAUCUGCUUUCUUUUCGUUUUCUAUCCUAUAACUGUGGAGGGGGACGAUCCGCCAGGACACGGUAAGCCUUUCGGCAAGCACAUCCCUCCCGUGGGAGAAGUGCCAGUGUUGGAGGAUUUCCCCCACCCUAUAGAGUUUUACAAACGAUAUGUUAAGCCAAUGAAGCCGGUCCUGUUUCGUGGGGUUUUAGACCGAAUUAAGUUUCCGGCGUACACCAAAUGGACAGACGAAUAUCUCAGUAAAACGUUUGGUAACAUCAUGAUUGAAGUAGAAGAAGGGAAGAAGGAAAAUCGCGACUUUGGGAUGGAGAGGAUGAGUCUAAAGAAGUUCCUAAACAUCUACAAGACUAAAGACAUCUACCUCGUAAACGACUUGCCAAUGUCCAUGAAAGCGGACAUCAACCUGCCAAAAUGUCUGCUGUGUGGUGGAUUCGGGGAUACGUUGACGAAGGUAAUCGCGUGGUUUAGCAGUGGCGGCACCAAGUCAGUGCUGCACAACGAUGAGUUUGACAACAUCAACUGUCUGCUGGACGGAACGAAGGAAUUAAUCUUCAUAAACUCGGAUCAGGAGGAGGCGGUUAUGAAAGACGGCUGGAUAGAAGAAAGAGGUUACAGUUCCAUGGAUGUCGACAGUGUGGAUAUGUAUAAAUACCCAGCCUUUAGGAACAUCCCAUGGUACUCGGCACGCAUGGAAAAGGGAGACUGUCUUUUUAUUCCAAACAGGUGGUUUCACCAGGUAAAUUCUUUCGGUGAUCGGAACCUGGCGGUCAAUAUUUGGUUCUACCCACUCUCCUGGUUCAACAGAACAGACUGUGCUAAGGGAAGCGGCGUGAAUGAAGAAGUUUCAAUCAACAAAUAUGUUUUGAAAAAUAUCAGCGAAUAUGCCAGAACUCUGCUGCUCACCACGUUGCCAGACGCAGACGUCAUCAGUAAAGAAGAAUUCGACGAAGGUUGGGAUGAGAUCAUACCGAACUACAAUGUCAAAAUGGAGGUUUUCAAUAACUUUGACACGGACCAAGAUGGCCUUCUUUCAUGGAAAGAAUUAUAUGCAUUCGACUUACACGACUUUGUAAAAACUUACAAGAAGAAUAUUGGAAACGACUAUAUGGCCAACUACAGAAGAAUUACAGAUGAAAUGGCUGAAUUAUGGGCCGGAAGUGAGAACGAUGAAAUAACCAACACAAAAGAGGAACUUUAGAGGGAAAACAGAUUGGAAUUUGUAUUUGAAAAAUAUUGCAACGUAUAAUUAAUAAUAUUAUUCCUGGGUUUUUAACUUUUUAUUUCUAUCCAUCUAACAAGAACAUUAUUUCACUGAGACUGCCAUGAAACAAGCAGAGAAAAGUUCUGUCAGGAUAUCAAAUUGCAUAUUCUUUGCACAAGGGAACUGGCUUCAAUAUUGUUUAUAUAAAGUGAUCAGCAGUAAUGAACUUGUCAUAACACUCUUGGACAUCUUAAACGGUUUCGUGACUAGUGUCUUUAAAGUUACCAAAGUUAAAGUUAAAGUUUGUUUUGUUUAACUACACUAUUAGAGCACAUUGCUUUAUUAAUCAUCGGCUAUUGGAUGUCAAACAUUUGGUAAUUUUGACAUACGGUAUCUAAAAGUUAACAGUUAAAAACAAGAUUUUGUAACAUAUUAAUAAUUGCACACGUAGCAAGAAACACUGGUUAUGAAUCGAACUUAUAUUGGCAUGGUAAAAUAAAAACAUGUUUGGUUAAACAAAA